CUCUCUCCGCGGCCGUAUUCACAUCACACAGCUGGGUGGCCCCGGCCGCGCAACAGCUAUGUACGGUGCUGUCGGGGGUUGUGUCGACCUGACAGACAGACAGCCUGACACACACAUGCAGACACACAACACACACAUGUGCCAUGGACAAAGUGACAAACACGACAGUGUCUGUCUCUCUGUCUGUCUGUCUGUCUCUCUCACCCUCUCAUCAGCCAAUACGAUGUGCCUCUACCACUGUCCACCGAGUUCGCCGAGGAUCGGUGAUGAUAGUGAAGUCGCCGAUCUUCAGUUUGUCGGGAAGCAGCUGUCGAAUGGCGCCGUCAAGGUCGUGCAACAUCGGCAGCAACACCACCACACGCCUCAGGCCGCGCACGCCAGCAUUGAGCAAAGUUGCCAGGCUGUCGCGGACGAGCUCGGCAGCAGCAAGGGGCUCCAGCUCAUCGGACACUAAAUGACGACACACAGACAAGGCGGAAGGACACACAAGUGAGCCGAAAGGCGCAUUCACUGCCCUCCCGGCCAGCAUACCUGAGAAGUCAAUGUCUAUGUCGCGAAUAGCUGGCGAUCCUGCCGACCCCCACCCUUCAAAGGGCCCGCGGUGAGCGAGACUGAUCGGAUCCCCUUCCAAUGACCCACACGGACAGUGCGCCCCUCCCUCCCCUCCCCCAGCGCCUCCAGGAUAAAGCGUCUAUCCUCUCUGCUCUCAUCUUGAUCAAAGAGGACGGUCCCGACCUCCCUGGACAUCUUCUGCGCCAACAGGCGGCCCGUAGCCCCGCCCAGACCGCUGCAGAUCUGCAGCUCCUUGGCCGCUGGGAACUGCUGCAGGUGUUCGAUGAUGGCGGGGGCGGGUGAGGGGGUGCCGGGAAGGGGAACGAAGCCACGGGCAUUUUUGACCGUCACGAUAUGUGCCUUGUCGAAUGAAAGGCUCUUCACAAUGUCGAUCGCCGUCUGGCUGGGGCUGUCGACGGGGUGGGUGAGGUCAUGCUGGCUGAUGGUGUAGGUCACGUACCGCGCCUGCUUCGCCGCCUCCUGGAUGGCCGUCUUGAUGAAGCGGGAUGGGCGAGCGGGGAAGUCAUCGGCGUAGAAGAGUGACAGCUCGAAGCUUGC